AUGGCACUCAAAAGGGAACCAAGCCGAGUCCGUUAUGCAGUUUCCUUGGUGGCAGUCGCCGUCCUUGACCAUUUAUGGAAUGUCACGGGAUCUGUCAAAUUCCUUUGUCUCCCUCUCUUUCCCUCCUCGAAUCUUUUCAUGUCAUGCAUGAUGGAUCAACUACAGCAACAAAAACUGGCAGCAUCAUCCAAGACAUUAUACCAUGAACUGAAAGCAAGAGAGUAUGGAUUACGACGACAUGAUCGUGAUGGUGGCGUUCAAAGGCUUUAUGAAUUCGUGACACCCAACAAGACCUACCAUGAUGUCUCCAUUGAUGGCGUUUGUUUCCAUAUUCGACGAUUCACAGAUGAUGGCAAAUAUCUUGUAUGCUUUCCAGAAACGCUUGAUGGCAUCGCUGUCUAUUGGUUCGACUUGUACCCCUCCUCAAUCCCUGCAAUAAGCAACGGUGACAACAUCUUCAAUCAUUACUUUACACUCAAAUACCAUCGCACCUAUCAGAUGGAGUACGACCAUUAUCUUUGCGACGAUUUCUUAUUGAUCAUCAAUGAAAACAAGCAUCUUGUUUUCGUUUCCUCUAGCCUUACUACUAUCACCAAUGGGACGCCGCAAUUUCAUGAGGCACAUUAUAUGCAAAGUCUGCUUGCCGUAUUCAAUUACACCUUUUACGUUGCUGACAUCGAGACUGGAGAGUUGAUAUCAUCCUAUUCGUUUCCACAAGAAUGCAUCCCUCUCGGAGACCAGAAUGGUGCUAGUUUACAUGAUGACCUCCUUGCAGUGAUCCUUGUGCUAUCCCAAGACAUUUGUAUCUUGCGUGUUUGUCCACAAGGUACAUUGACGCCCAUACAACGAAUCUCUCAGCAACUCGAACCUAUUAUGGAUGAUCCAAUAACAACAAUGCGAUACCACCCUACUUUAUACGAUCGCUGGAUGACUGCAUCCGAGGUGGAAUCAAUGCAACAUAGCGGCAUUCAACAAGGUGAUUAUCAACAAAGUGCGAGCCAUGUUGAUUACUUGGAACAGCAUCAUGUGCUACCCUAUUCUGGAUUUAUGAAUGCUCUUUUACGCUGGCUCCUUAUUCAAGCAAAGGAAGGAGGACCACUCGGCCUACCCUACUUUUACAGCCGCUUCAAAUGGUACGAGUCGCUUCAGCUUUGGCGAAUGCAAUUCAUGGACGAUAGCACGCUGCUCAUCAAGCUCGUUUCGCACAAAUCAUUGACCUUGUUGUACGAGCAAGAGACAACGUGGAAGGACACCUACACCUUAUUUGUCAUCUUUGACUUUACCGAAUCUCGUAUCCUCGAUGCAUUUGACAACAGCAGUACCAAGGUAGCGCGCACCAUCUUCAGCAACGAAUCACGUAUGGAACAUGUAGCAAGGAUGAGCGACAUCUUUAGCAGCACCAUUAUGGUGGACGAGACUACGGCGUAUGAACGACUAAAGCGUGCAAUUUCGUCAUGGCAGGAAAAGGAGGACACUGGAGCCGCCAUGAUGAAACUUUCAUUAUUAUUGCCCACACCUCCAAUGUCACAGCCAGAAUGCCCAUACUUCGAUCGAGGCGUAUUUAGUUAUUCAUCAGGUGCCUCUGGACAUGGAUGGUGGGAACCUCAAGUGCGCAAGAUCCGAUUCUUUUCGAGACGAUCUGGCAAGCUCGCCUUUGAGAUUGGAGCGAAAGAGUACAAAGAAGAGGAGAACGAUACCAUUGAAGAAGAAGAGGAUGAAAGUACAAUGAUGUUGGUGAUCCCUCAUCCACAGCUCCCAUUCAUGAUCACGAGGCACAGAACCCUGUCAUUGCUCGACUUGGUUACAAAUUUCCACGUUUACAAUCCCGCCUAA